AUGGUCCUGUGGGCGGCGCCGGAGUCCAAAGUAGCGGCCAUGCUUUCGAGUUCUGAGGCUGCUGUGUCGGCGUCGUUUCAGUUAGCAACUCACGGUGGUGAUUCGGAGGGAUGGGGAUCAGCGAGCAGCACGGACAAAUAUAAGAGCAGCACGGGCAUUUGUCUAGUCGGCUGGUGUUUUGUGUCCACCGUGACGCUGGCGCUGGGCUGGAGUGCAAAAACCGGAGCCACAAGCGUGCGCGUCCGACGGGGAAAGCUGCGAGCGUGGCAGCAGCAGAGAAUGGGUGCGGGAGUGCUAGAGCGGUGCUGGGAGCGCGCGGACGCGCGCACGCUGCGCGCGGCCGCGCUGAUGCUGGGCGCGGCAUACGGAAGCAAGAAGGCAGACGCGCGGGCGCAGCUGGCGAUGCAGGUGGCGCGGCUGCGCCGCCUGCGUGACGUGCGGCUGCGCCGCGGGCGCGUCGCGCUGCUGGCGGUAGACCCCGGUCUGGUGAACUUCGCGUACGCACAGCUGUACGUGGGUACGGGCGCGCCGGUCGUGGUCGCGUGGGACAAGCUGGACCUACGCAUCUCGGCAGCGAGCGCCGCGGAAGCGCCAGAGGCGAUGGGCGAGAUGGUGCGCGGCGUGGUCGGGCGGCUGCUGGCGCACGAGCCGGACUUUGUGGCGAUUGAGCGCCAGCGCGCGCGGAAUCCCGGCAGCAGCGCCGUGGCCGGGGCGGUGUUGCGCACGAAUCUGCUCGAGCACGGGCUGCACGCGGUGCUCCCGCCGCUGGCCGCGCUGCGCGGCAUGCCGGAGCCGCUGGUUGCGGCGUCGCUGCCGCGGCGGAUGGCGGACUUCUGGUGUGGGUCGGGCGCGGAGCGCGCAGCGGACUCCAAGCGGCUGCGCAUCCUGCUGGCGCGGGCGCUGCUGCGCGAGGCCGCGGUGGCCGCGUCCCCCGGCAUGCUCGCCCUCGGCCCGGCGCUGGCGGCCGCGCGCGACGCGGACGUCGGCUCGUCUAGGGCGUUCAGCAUCCACCGCGCGCUAGGACUACCGGCGGCGCCGGUGCGAGAUCUGCCAGUGGCGCCGGCCAAGGAUGAUGAUCUCGCCGACGCGCUCUUGCACGCACUCGCAUGGGCUACGUGGCUCGAGGUUUACGAGCAGCUCGAGGCGUUUGCCGCAGCGCGCGGCUCCGCGUCCGGGGAUGCGUUGGUGGGCUAUCUGCACGAACUGGUAGCCGGCCACUACGCGCGCACGGCCUCGCUGCUGCGUGGGAGCCCGCAGCCGGCCACAGCUGCAUAG